UUAUCAGUAUCUUUACUUAAGUCAUGACGCGUUAUUAUAUCACGUAAUAUGUUGUCAUAACUGACAAGGGCUUCAGUUUAUAAGGCGUGUUACACGUCAACGCAUCGGUUGAAACUUUUGUGCAUGAUUCUGCCUCCAUAUUACAAAGUGUUGGUUGUCAUCCUGAAAUGCCUGAUUAGCAAGUGUUGCAUACUAGACACUUGCGGUAGACCUCUGAAUGAAGAAUUUGAAACUAUUUUUUAAUGGAUGGAGGCAAACAGUCGGAUAAGACGUACAUGUUUUAAAUUCUUAAAGAAGCUGUACGUUAUGCCUCCUUUAAACUACAUAAUAUGGAUCAUAUCAAGGAUAGCGUAAACAUGAUCAAAAGAAUUAUGCUCGAUAUGGUUUGCAAGAAUCAAAUGACUAUGUAAGCGAAGAUGGUUUAAAAAUGCUGGCAAAAGAUGAUGAGACUGGAAGUCCAAUUGCUAAGCUACUAGGGAGCUACUUGGAAGGAAGUCAACUAGUGUUGAACGUAACUGAUCAACUGGGAGAAGGAAUAAUAGGAUUAAUUAAAGUGUUAAUCAAUAACACCAACGAUUUGCCCAAAACGUUGGGAAAAAUAUUUCACAUAGAAGUCUUAGUGAAAAAAGUUUUUAACCCUCAGCUUCAAGAUUUAACAAAAAAGGUGUUGCAGCAGUUCAAGGACUUACCUAUUCUUGUACAGAUUUUCGAUAGAUUAAACAAGAUUUUAGGCAGGCAAAGUAAAGAUAAAGUCGACAAACAUAGUGCUUGAAUGUGUGUAAUACCGCAAAUAUACAUACGUUGAGAUAUGUGUUGUUUACUUACAAGUUACCUAAAGAUGUGUAUUAUUUUAAUCUCGCUUUCAAGUAACUCCAUGGCAAAUUUCUAUCAGUAACUUAACCACGGUAGAGUUCUCUGAGAAGCGUACCAAUUCAAACUCAAUAUCAAAAUUUUGUAACACGUCACACAAAAGUGAGAAGCCCAUAAUGCUUACGGCUAUGCUACGCACACAAUCUCUCACUGUCUAUAGCAGGGUAUUAUUGUACACUCCUAGGCGUACGUCAGAAGUAUUUUUCAUGGAUCAAAUAAAUAUAAGUACAGAAAAUUUAUGAUGUAUUUGAAGUCACUAAAAACAAAAAUAUAUUUUGAUAUUUUACAGAGAAGGGAGGUCUAAGUGUUAGUCUUCUGGGACGAGAUCAACAACUGUCGAACGUAACGCUUCUACUGGGAAAAGGAUUAAAAGGUGUUAUUGUUGGUUUGUUCAAUAACACCAUUCAUUUGCCCAAGAUAAUGAAAACAGUAUCUUACGUAGAAGAGUUGGUGAAAAUGGUUCUUAAUCCGUUUAGGAGAGUACCUAUUCUUGGUCUGAUUAUCGGCAUACUUAACUUCAAAAUCAGCUUCGGGGCAUGCCUCAGAGAUACCAUACUGCAUUACUUAACCACUUUUUAUAAGCUUGAAAAUGAAAUGGGUAAAUUUAUGAAUUAAAGAUUCCGUGUAUAUAAUUCCAAAAAUAUACAUACGUUGAGAGAUGUGUUUUUACUUAAAAAUUACCCCGGAACGUGUAUCUACAUUUUUUGAUUCUACGCUCUUCAAAGUACCUUCGAUUUUUAAACUGAAUUAAAUGAUAGUGUCUUGGAUACCAAAAAUUAUAACACCCCGUAGAAACGCGUGAAACCUUAUAAUGUUUACGACUAUGCGCCGAUAGACUGUAAUUUAUCUCGUCCUCUCUCUCUCUCUCUCAAUCCCUUUCUCUAUCUGUGUCUUAUAGAUUAUUUUUCUAAACUCCCAGUAGUGUAUCAACUGUAAAAAUAUAGAUAAGCUUCACUAUAUUUCAAACCAACAAAAAUAUAUUUUAAUAUUUUACAGAGAAAGGAGGUCUAAAUGGUAGGCUUCUGGAAGGAAAGAAAGAGAAAGAGCUGUUGUCUAACGUAACUGAACUACUGGGAGGAGGAAUAAAACACUUGAUUGGUAGUUUAUCUAAUAACACCAUAGAUUUGGACAAAAUAUUUAACUUAGAGGAUCUGAGAAUGGUUCUUAAGCAGUUUAAAUGCAUACAUAUUCUUGGCUUGUUUUCCAGUAAAUUUUAUCAUCGGCCUCAAAAGAUGCUUCAGAAAAGCAAUAAAAGAGUAUUUCACCACUGUCUGGGGCCUUCAGUGCAAAAAGGAAAUAAGAUCUACAGUUUAAUGCUUCAAUGUAUGUAAUACAGGGAAUAUACAUUUCGAAAGAUGUGUAUUUGCUUACGAAUUACCUAGAAAAAAAUGAUGUAUCAAAGAGGUUAUCGCACUUACGGUCGCAAAUAGUUGCUGAGACCUAAAUGUUGGAAAGUUAACAGACAUUCUAAGUAGGUAUUUUUAAAGUUGAGAAAACUACUGGUAUAUUUUCGUCGAUUUUGGCGGGUCACAGUAAAACUGCCAGUGUCACUUUCAUACCUCCACCUUCUUCAAACAUAAAUAGAAUCUAUCUUUAUUUGUGAACUGUCGGAUACUCAAAAAAUUAACGUAAGAAAUCUAUAAAAAUUUGGAUGCAUAGUAUAAUUCGACUCAAAUACUUCCAAAAUGGUGGCACUUCAGGUUAUAUCGGAAAUAGAUACAAACUUGCUUGUUUAUUGUAUCAUUCAGUUUCUAGCAAACCGAAUGAAGCAUUUAAGCAACGGAAAAGCCUAUAAUAUCCCGGAAACUACUAGUUUGCAAAAUAGACAAUAUUAUACCAUAACAACCUUAUUUUGAAUGCUCCAUACGAUGAGAUUAUAAAAAAUGUGCUUUCCAUUUAAAAGAACUGACCUUUCGGAUUUUUUUAAAUCUUAAUUUCAUUCUCAUUUUUGACCGCCAUGUACUCUUUGUUAGCUGAAUCUGGAAUAAAAUCUAUUAAAGUAGGUCUCCUGCUAUAAGAAACCCGAUGAAAAUCGUAAGUCCCGGAAAAAUUGUUACAAUUCGUUAUUUUUACGUACAAUUUGAGAAAUAUAAGCAGUCAGACUUAGGUAUAAGAUGCUAUGUAUGUAAUGUUGGAUGCUUUGACGUAGCGACUACGGAUACUAUAGGGUUUUACAAUUUGCCAAACCGGUUUCUGAAUACCCGACACGACUAAACUUGAAACUAAAAUCCCAACAUAAAUACAUACUACCUAAUAUAUUUCUUCACUUCAGUGACGAAUUUCGAGCCUCUGGCUGGUUCAACAUGCAUGAGCGCUUUUUGAUACAUCUUGCUUGCUUAACUUACAAUAUUAACAAAACCCAGCUGCCACUUUAUAAUAUA